GAACUAGCUUACGUAUUUUUUCUACUUGGAAGCCGUUUACACCGCCGGUAACUGGAACGAAUUGCUGCGUUUGGACAACCGGUAACUUUGGUGAUGUGUUGUUGUUGUUUUCCUGCACCGAUGGAGACUCUCUGAGGACGACGGAGGAACUUCAGUCCUCGGCGUUCUUCCCUCUGAAGGCUGCACAGAUGUUUUCGCCUGGUCAGGAAAACAUCUCCACCUCCACUGCUUCCACCAAAGGACCAGUCAAGUAUGGAGAGCUCAUUGUGCUGGGGUGUAACGGCUCUCUGCCCAACGGCGAUAAGGGGAGGCGGAAGAGUCGUUUCGCUCUGUGUCGCAGAACCAAAGCCAACGGCGUGAAACCCAGCACUGUCCACACUUCCUGCACACCUCAGGCUGCCAAGGCGAUAAGCAACAAGGAGCAGCACAGUAUAUCAUACACUCUAUCCCGGGCGCAGACGGUGGUGGUGGAGUACACACACGACAGCAACACCGACAUGUUCCAGAUCGGGCGGUCUACGGAGAAUCCCAUCGACUUUGUGGUGACGGACACGGUGCCCGGAGGUCAGGGCCAAGCCGACGGUCAGUCGGUUCAGAGCACCAUCUCCCGCUUCGCCUGCCGCAUCAUCUGCCAAAGACACCCACCUUACACCGCGCGCAUCUACGCCGCGGGCUUCGACUCCUCCAAGAACAUCUUCCUCGGGGAGAAAGCAGCCAAGUGGAGGAUGCAGGAUGGUCAGAUGGACGGACUGACCACCAACGGCGUCCUGGUGAUGCACCCGCGCCAAGGCUUCAUCCAGGACUCCAAACCCGGCCUGUGGAGGGAAAUCUCAGUCUGCGGUAACGUCUUCAUGCUGCGGGAGACCAGAUCAGCUCAGCAGAGAGGCAAGAUGGUGGACGUUGAGUCUAACGAGCUGGUGGACGGCUCGCUCAUCGACCUGUGCGGCGCCACCCUGCUGUGGCGGACGGCCGAGGGCCUGGCGCACACUCCCACCGUCAAACACCUGGAGGCGCUGCGGCAGGAGCUGAACGCAGGACGGCCUCAGUGCCCCGUGGGCUUCAACACGCUGGCCUUCCCCAGCCUGCGCCGAAAGGACGUUCUGGACGAGAAGCAGCCGUGGGCCUACAUGCGCUGCGGCCACGUGCACGGCUACCACGGCUGGGGGGGCCACCGCAACCCCGAGGUGGAGGAGGAUUGUCAGGAGAGAGAGUGCCCCAUGUGCAGGGCGCGGGGCCCCUACGUUCCGCUGUGGCUCGGCUUCGAGGCGGGCCUCUACGUGGACGCGGGACCCCCCACCCACGCCUUCGUCCCCUGCGGUCACGUCUGCUCAGAGAAGACGACGGCGUACUGGAGUCAGAUCCCGCUGCCGUACGGCACCCACGCCUUCCACGCCGCCUGCCCGUUCUGCAUCCAGCCGCUGAACGGAGAGAACGGCUGCGUCAGACUCAUUUUCCAAAGCCCGCUGGACUAGAAACCACUCAGACUUUUUCCAUCUGGAGCCUUAACCAACAGACAGCGUGAUGCUUUGAGUUUUGGAAAUUUCUUAACUUAAUUUUUCAUAACUUAAUUUAACUUAAUUUUGACCAAUAUAAGUACAUGUUUUGGGUUUAUUUCUGCCUUGUUUUUAAUAUCACUGGUCAUUCAGGCAGCGUUGUCCUCCUGUGAGGUGACACAGAUGCAGAAAUACAGAUUUGCCUUAUUUAUUCAUUUAUCUUUUCUGUCAUGUUUUUUUUUUUUUGUAAACCAAUGCAAAUAUUUAACAGCAGUAACGUUUCUCAGAGUUUCCCUGUGACUGGUCCCAAACCAGCCCCCAUCCCCUCCACUCCCGCCCUCCGUUCGCCAUAUUAAGGGCCGUCCCAAUCAAAUUAGCGCGGCGUGUAAAGUGGACUGUGAACCCGGUGCAGGCUUACGAUCAAUCCUAACAGGAAGUGCACGUUGGACAGGAGAACGGAGGAAACAACAUACAAAUGUAAGAGUUCCGUCACACUUUUGUUUCCCCUCACAAUAACUUCACCGUCUCAAACAGGAGAAUAACAUAAUAGCAUAUCUCAUAUCUCAUGGUUAUAGAUGUUAUGUGUUCACACGGACAGUGGAAAAAAGACAAAAGCAGCUCAUGAGGCUGCGAAUGGAAAAAUGAACAUCUAUUCACCGAAAAAGAGAAAUAGCGCCAAACAGGUCUGGGCCUAAUUAAUAAACGAAGUUGAUCUGU